AUGAAAACGAUGAAUGCUCCUCCAACUCCUGGAGUUGGGGCUAACAUAAUGAAAAUGUUAGGAACUCCACAGAUAAGGCCCCCCGCGAUGGGUUUAAUACCCCAAGAUACGGCUAGUCGUAUAGCACAACUCCAGGCAAACAUUAAAUCAAAAUUUGCUUCGAGUGUGUUAUCGGGGGUUUUAGCAAGUGCAAAUGCUUCCAUUGUAGAUAAGCCAACGCCGUUGAUUUUAGAUAGUCAAGGAAGAACAGUAGAUAUAACUGGAAAAGAAGUUCAACUGACACAAUUCACACCAACACUGAAGGCAAACAUCAGAGCGAAAAAAAGAGAAGAAUUUAAAGCUCAAUUAAAUCAACAAUCUGUCGAUGCAUUAGCAGAAGCUCAAUAUUUUGAUCCUAGAAUAACGGCAAAACCUACGAUAAGAAAUAAAAGAUCACUAAGGUUUCACGAACCUGGAAAAUUUCAGCAAAUGGCAGAAAGAAUGAGAAUGAAGGCUCAAUUAGAAAAAUUACAAGAUGAAAUAUUUCAAAUAGCUAAAAAAACAGGGAUCAGUUCUGCUGCUAAAUUAGCAUUGAUAGCACCUAAAACACCUGCAACGGAAGAUCAUGUACCUGAUGUCGAAUGGUGGGACAUGGUCGUCAUGAACGGUGACAAAUAUUCAGUCGAUGGAAAAUUAUCAAUAAGGGAAGAUGCCAUAUCGAAUUUGGUUGAACAUCCGACACAAAUGAAACCUCCAUCUGAAUCUAGUAAAUCGGCAUUUUUACCAGUUUUUUUAACAAAAAAAGAAAGGAAAAAAUUAAGGAGACAAAAUAGGAGAGAAGCGUGGAAAGAAGAACAGGAAAAAAUUCGUUUAGGUUUAGAACCUCCACCUGAGCCAAAGUUAAGGAUAUCAAAUUUAAUGAGAGUUUUGGGAAAUGAAGCCGUUCAAGAUCCUACGAAAAUAGAAGCUCAAGUUCGAGCUCAAAUGGCUAAAAGGCAGAAAGCACACGAAGAAGCGAACGCGUUAAGAAAAUUAACGUCGAAGCAAAGGAAAGAGAAAAAAAUGAGAAAAUUAAAAGAGGAUACGUCGUCGGGAGUUCACGUCGUCGUGUACAGAAUAUCCGAACUCACGAAUCCAUCGAAGAAAUUCAAAGUGGAAACAAAUGCAAAACAAUUAUUUUUAACCGGUUGCAUACUUUUAUUCAAAGAUUGUAACAUAAUAAUAGUCGAGGGGGGCCCGAAACAAAUAAACAAAUACAACAGGUUGAUGAUGCAGAGAAUCAAAUGGGACGAAGAUUUGAUAAAAAGUAACGAGGAUAACGAAAUUCCAAAUAAAUGCGUUUUAGUCUGGAAGGGUACCGUUAAACAAAGAAAUUUUCACGACGUCAAAUUUAAAGUUUGUCCAACGGAAAAAUUAGCAAGAGAACAUUUGAAAAAACACGGAGUAGAACAUUAUUGGGAUUUGGCAUACAGCGGUUGCGUAUUAGAAAAUGCAGAAGACAUAUUUUAA